AUGAACUCCGAUAUGGACCCCUUUCUCCAGGUGCAAGCAGACAUCCUAUCUACUCUCUCUACGACACGGCCGCUCUUUUCCUCGUACCAACGGAUACGCUCCCUCGCAACCUCGCCGUCAAACCCCGAACUCAUCCAGGCGCGCGAGGAGCUCGAGGCUACAGUCGCAGACCUCAGCGCAGACUUAAAAGACCUCGUCGAAAGCGUGCGGGCAAUCGAAUAUGACCCCUACCGAUACGGGCUGGAGCUGGACGAGGUCGAACGGCGUCGAAAGCUAGUUGAUGAUGCAGGCAAGGAAAUCGAGGAGAUGCGACAGGAGCUUCAGCGGACUGUACACGAGCACCCCGGAACGGCCGGUAAACGGGCAUCAGCAGGACCAUCUUCGGCGUCAGCAGCAGGGGGAAGUGGACUGCCUGCUCCGUCUACGUUUGAUAACCUACUUGAUGAGGAGGGACAGGAGCGAGGAGAAGACUACUACUCGGAGAUGGAGCAGCAGCGGCAAGUCGAGCUGAUGCAGGACCAGGACCAGCAGCUAGACGGGGUGUUUCGGACGGUGGUGAAACUACGGCAGCAGGCGGAUGAUAUGGGGCGUGAGCUGGAGGAGCAGUCUGUGAUGCUGAAGGAUGUCGAUACGCUUGCUGAGAGAGUUGGUGGUAAGCUGCAGGACGGCGUCAAGCGGGUUGGGCAUAUCAUCAAGAAGAACGAGGAUACGAUGUCGAGCUGCUGCAUUGCGGUUUUGAUAAUGGUACUGAUCCUACUUUUGGUUUUGGUAUUAAUCCUCUAG